AUGUUCGGCAGCAACUUGAGAUAUGCCACAACCGUUUUCCCGCUCUAUAGAGCACUUUCCAGACAGUCUUUGAAAAGAACAGCGUUGCGUUUCAACACCACAGCAGCGAAAAGCAAGGAAAGACCCUCUUUAAAGAAGCUUAUGCAAACUUACGGAUAUUCAGCUCUAGCAGUGUAUUUGGGACUCUCUGCUGUUGAUUUCCCCAUCUGCUUUUUUGCGGUGCACUCUCUCGGCGAAGAGACCAUCAAAGUUUACAUCAAUAAGGCCAAACAGAUCGUGGGUUAUGGUCGUGACGAACAGGAAUUGAUUCAAGAGGUUAGAGCACAGAUUUCUGAAAAAGAGCGCAAGCAACAGCUUGGUGAAAAGGAGCACACCACAUUGUGGACAAGAAUGAAAGAAAGCACGCUUUUAACGGAGGCAUUGAUUGCGUAUGGGAUACACAAAAGUUUGAUCGUGUUUAGACUACCGAUUACAGCAGCCAUUACACCGGCCACGGUCAAAAUCUUGCAAAAAUGGGGAUUCAAUUUGAACCGAUUCAACAAAGGCUUCAAAACUGCUGGUGAAGGUGCGAAAAUCAAGUACAAGACUGGCGAUCCUAAAGAUUUUGUAAGCGGCAAGAAUAUUCCCAAACAGGACCAGAAGAAAAGUAGAAAAUGGUUUGACGGGAUGAUGUAG